GCACACUGGGCAAUUUACAGUGUGACCGGCAAUUUUUUAAUUUUUUUUGAGGGAGCUGUUGUGCCCAUUCGUGCUUGUUGAGGACCAUUCCAAUGCCGUUAUACACCACUCCACAGUAUGGUGUCAUAAAGCACGCCGGUGGUGACUACUUCAGUCGAAGCCCGAAUGAAACGUUUGUUGCUUCACCGGAAAUAUCUGGUAAACAUGACGACGACGACGAGCCCUUUGAAGAAAAGGAAGAGGAUGAACUCCUGAGUCAAGCAAAUGGUUUAAUACGCCUACGAGAAAAUACCGGCUCUGUCACACCAACGCAAAGUAAAGUCCAUCGGAAAAGUUGUCGUGAGAUAGCGCGGUUCACGGAAGAAUCGCUGCAUAGUUUUGGAUUCACUCAACCCUUCAGAGACCAGAACACUUUUGAUACAAGGCGCAAUGUAGUGAAUCGUAGUUUUGAUUUUAUGAAAAAACUUCGAGACCGACUUGAAAAUGGCAAACUGGAAGAAUGUCCCGUCUCAGACGAAAUUGGAGAACUGCCGGACAUGAAACGCCCUGCUUUUGAACGUUCUUCAAGCCCCCGGGCUCGCCGAACGCAGACUGCAUUUGAUCCUAUCGAUACCCAGCAUGCUCUUGAUGUGAUUUUGACCAAUCGCAGAAAUUCCAUUGAUACAGACUUGAUGCCCUUAACAGCCAGGCCAGGUCAAUCCCAAGCACUUCAUCCACCCACCCGAUUUUUACCUCAAAACCAAUGCAUUGUCACGACCAAUGAAAGCGGCAAAAUUUUAUUGUUCAAUGAUAUCGCCUCUUUAUGCUUUGGUUAUGACAAGUCGUAUGUCGGACAAUCGCUUUUAAACGUCUUUGAGGAGUCAAGCAAAGAACGGUUACAGCACUUGUUGAAUACAAGGUCAUCUGAGAUGAAGGGAAUAUCAACAGAGCAUCAUGAUCGCGGCAACGUUUUAAUAUGCGGCAAAGUUCUACCCAUUAUUAAACGAAAUGGAUCCAAAUCAGCUGCUUCCUUGUGGCUCAAGCAGAAGAAGGAUGUCACUGGAGCUCCUAUAUAUAUCUGGAUUUUUGAAGAAAUCGCGGAAAGUCUUGUUUCAAUGAUCGUUACCUCCACAGGUGUUAUCAAAGAAGUUAAUGGUGCUGUGAACGACCUUUACGGAUAUUCGGCAGACGCCCUCAUUGGCAAGAGGAUAGAGACUCUGAUUCCAGAUUGCUCAAACCUACGGUUGACUGAUUCUGGUUACCAUGAUUCAACUGAGAAGGACGCACCAUUGAACCUCUCAGAACUUAACAAGUACAAAUUUUACGGUAGUUGUACUUCGUUCGGCGCCAAAUUUCCUGUUAUUGUUAAGUCAAAGGUGUCUACAAGCCCAACUUCACCUAACGGUAUGGCCAUGCACCACAUCAAAGUCAUCUCCAUUCCCACUAUUGCUGGACUUGUCACUAUCCAUCAAGACGGCCUUAUACAGAGUAUCAACUCUGUUCCCGCCAAAUACCUUUUUGGUUAUUCUCAAGAAGACCUCAUAGAAAAGAAGAACAUUAGUGAGCUGCUACCGCAGCUGCCUACCAUUUUGAAAGGUCUGGAAAAGGAAAUCAUUACAAAAUGCUCCAACAUCAUCGACCAUUUCACCUGUCGAAAAAUAUUAUUGGAAAGAGAACAGUCAUCACGCAUCACGAAAGUGGGAUCCACCGGUCAGUUCAACAUUCCGCAUACUCGAACACUCACAACCACGAGUCAAGAGAAACCGCUGCCUGUAAUUCAAGCUGUUCAUCGAGAUGGGACAUGGUUUGAAAUCCAAUUACAACUUCGGAUCAUGGACAUGACGGAAGGAGAGUUGAUUGCCGUUUGGAUUAUGUUUGAUCGAGUAUCAACGUUCUCGAAAUAUGGCCACAAGAGCAAAGUCGGCUCAAAUAAUCAGCAAUUUGGCAGUUCAGUUUCAAAUUUUCCAGCAGUUAAGCUUCGGUCAUCCAUCUCCACACCAUCAGAAUCCCCACUAGUAUUAAAGUCGCCUAUUGCUGCCCCUAAGGCAUCUCCUCCAUCCCCACCACAUCCUUCUAUGGUACAUCGCAAUUCGACACCCCCAUCACCGCCAUCUACAACACCACCCAUAAUACGACCACAAUUGAAAUCAUUUGGAGUCAGUUCAUUUGGGUCUCCCCAGGUUGAUAGAAAAGUCGUUCCUCUCAAUGAGCCCAUGCCGAGCUCUGUUCAGCCAACUCCACCCGUAAACAAGCUUCCGUCUGUUGCUGCAACACUACUACGACUACCAAGCAAUGUACAUCCUAAUACCCCUCCACCAUCCCGAACUCCUCCGGUGUCCAUGCUCAACUAUUCCGCCCUUACUCUCAAAACCAACAUAUCCGAUUAUUGCAUCAUGGACUCUUUAGGCCAAGGUGCCUAUGGUAUGGUUAAGCUCGCAUAUAAGCUUGAUGAUCCUGAAAAGAACAAAGUGGUUAUCAAAUAUGUUGUAAAAUCUCGCAUUCUUGUCGACAGCUGGAUCAGAGAUCGGCAUCUAAGAAUGGUCCCAUUAGAGAUACACAUAUUACAUACUCUUCAACGUAUCCCACAUAUCAAUUGUUGCCACAUGCUCGACUACUUUGAAGAUGAAGAUUACUACUAUAUCGUCAUGGAUCUACAUGGUGAAGGCUUGGAUUUGUUCGACUAUAUUGAGCUUAAUCGUGAAAUGAGCGAACACGAGAUUAAAUCCAUCUUUCGACAAAUAGGCGAAGCCAUUCGCCAUUUACAUCACAACAAGAUGGUUCACAGAGAUAUUAAGGAUGAAAACGUCAUUCUGGAUGAGAAUGGAACGGCCUUACUCAUAGACUUUGGAAGCGCCAACUAUGUGAAAGAAGGCAAGCGAUUCGAUACCUUUUCUGGAACACUUGAUUAUUGUGCACCGGAAGUUCUCCAAGGCAACCCAUAUGAAGGUCCACCUCAAGAUAUCUGGAGCCUGGGAAUCCUUUUAUACACCAUGAUUUACAAGGAGAACCCAUUUUAUAACAUUGAUGAGAUUCUUGCUCGCGAGCUUCGAAUUCCUUUUGAGUUCUGCGAAGGUUCCAUCGAUUUGAUCAAGAGUAUGUUGAACAGAGAUGUUGAGAAGCGGCCAACUAUCGAUGGUGUAUUGAACCAUCCAUGGUUAUCGUAAUUUUUGUUUAUGUGAAUUUUUGUUUUUCUUUUUCUUCGCUUUUUCCCCCCAAGUUCUACUUAAUACUUUUCAUCCCUAUGUAAAUUACAGACCUCGUUGUAGAUCAU